AUGAAGCUGCUGCGGUGCCUGGCGGAAGUGCCCGUAACCUCACCCUCACACACCACCGUCAAAAUGAUUGAGUCCUGCUCCAAGCCCACCAACUUCGGCCGUGGCGCCUACGACACCACUGGCCUCCCCAAGCCCCCUCCUCCUCAGCCUCAGUAA